GCGGCCCUGCCACCGCCUCCUCUUCUCCCCACCGCGGUGGCGGUGGCAGUGGCGGCGGCAGCGGCGGCGGAGGAACCUGACACGCACCGGCCCCACUCCCGCCCCAGUCGAAGCCGAAGCUGCAGCCGGCGCCGGGCGGGGGCCAUGGGCGCCCCGCGCGGCCCGGGUCAUGAGGACGGAGGCGGAGGCAGCGGGGCCGCCGCUCGAGCCCGGAGACUUUGUGCAGCUGCCCGUGCCCAUCAUCCAGCAGCUCUACCACUGGGACUGCGGCCUGGCCUGCUCCAAAAUGGUGCUGCGGUACCUGGGCCAGCUGGACGACAAUGAGUUUGAGAGUGCCCUGCAGGAGCUGCGACUAACCAGGAGCAUCUGGACCAUUGACCUGGCUUACCUAAUGCGCCACUUUGGUGUGAGGCACCGUUUCUGCACACAGACCCUAGGCGUUGACAAGGGCUACAAGAACCAGUCCUUCUACAGAAAGCACUUUGACACAGAGGAGACCCGGGUGAACCAGCUGUUUGCACAAGCCAAGGCCUGCAAGGUGCUGGUGGAAAAAUGCACAGUGAGCGUGCAGGAUAUCCAGGAGCACCUGGCACAGGGCCACGUGGCCAUUGUGCUGGUGAACUCUGGGGUGUUGCACUGCGACCUCUGCUCCAGUCCUGUCAAGUACUGCUGCUUCGCCCCCAGCGGCCACCGCUGCUUCUGCCGGACCCCUGACUACCAGGGCCACUUCAUUGUUCUGCGUGGCUACAACCGCGCCACUGGCUGCAUCUUCUACAACAACCCAGCCUAUGCUGACCCAGGAAUGUGCAGCACCAGCAUCAGUAACUUCGAGGAGGCCAGAACCAGUUAUGGCACAGAUGAGGACAUCCUCUUUGUCUACUUGGACAGCUGACGGCGGGAGCCUGGUGUGCCCAGGCCCUCACACCCCACCCUGCCACACCCCAGUCAGGCCCACUCAGGAGGCCUUGGCACAGGCCCCGAGUUGCUAGGGCUUGGAUGCAGAACUGCAUCCAGCCUUGGCCCAUGUGACAAAGCCCCAGGGAAUUCUUGGAGCCCAAGGCAUGCCUGCUUUGUCCACCAGCGUUGCGCGUGUCAUCAUGCCACUUACCCUGCACACCUGCUGGUUGCUGGAGGCCUCCGCAGAGCAUCUGAGUAGAGCCUCCCCUGGGACCCCAGGCCCGACUCCAACCAUGCCCAGGGGACUUCCAGCCCCGUGGGUGCCUUUGUUGCCUGCAAACCAGACCCAGGUGGAGAAGGCUGAGCUCGUCUCCCCACAGACCUGGGGGCUGAGCCCUGGAGAUGCCGCUUGUCAGGAUGGCAUCUGUGUGUUUGGAGACCAUGUAGCCAACCCCAACUCCCAGGGCUGCAGAUUGCUCCAGGCCUUGCUGGGAACUGCCCUCCCCCCUGUCCCCCCCAGAAGUGCUAUAGACCUCCCUGUGCCCUUUGGUGAAUGCCGCCACUCUCUCACGCCUCCCCGUGGAUCCAAGUUCCUGUGGCUGGUUGUCAGACCUCUGGGCCCUGAGGAGGGCUGGGCCUCAGGCCAAAAGGACCCUGAACCCUACCCCUCACCCUGCACCCUCCAGGUACUAUAGCAUUGUAGGGUGGAGGGCCCUGAGGGGAGUAGACAGGGCCCUGGCUCUUGCUGGCUGAAUGUACUCUGAGAAUGCCUGACCCUGAGGGCCAAGAACAGCCACUUGAGUCCCAAAGAUCCCCCCCCGCCAACCCAUGAGGCCUCCUGACACUAGCCUAAGCCCUGACAGUGGGGCCCAUUCUCUGGGUAUGGGGAGCCCCAAGCCUCACAGUGCUGGAGGUGCUGGGGUGCUAGGGCCUGCACUGCUGAGGCAGUGGCGGGGGAUAGCCUGUGGCCUCCCACCCACCCCAGUGUUCAUGCCAGGACAUUUUGCACAGAAAGUUGGGUCUCUUUUUUUCUUGACAGAGAAAGGUGGUACCUGCCCAGGAUCACAUAGCACUGCACGUAGCAUGGACUAUUUGUUUUGUUUUGUUUUGUUUUGUUUUUUUGAGAUUUAAGCUUUCACUUGUGGGGAGUGAGAGUCACCCUCAAGUAAGACAAUAAUAGUGAGAUUCAGGUACUUCAGAACCACUGACACCUCUCUUCAUAGGGCAGAUAAGCCAGCCCAAGUUCUCUUUCAAAGAGAAAGGGACUCACAGCUGGUGGGCUGAGUGCCAGGACCCUUCACUUUAUAGACAAAAUCCGGCCAUCAGUCUGGGGACAGUAUGUCCAGGACAGUGGUGGGCCUGGGUCUUGAAUGCAGAUCUGCACCUAAAAACUAAGGGAAAUGGAUCAUUCCCAAAGGGGCUGAGGACACCCACCCCUCAUGAGCGGUCAUUGGCAAGGGAGCAAGGCUACCCCAAGAGCCAUAUGGCAGCUGCCAUCCCUCUGGACCGCAAACCAUGCUCAGCAUCUGCUCCCACCAGCCGGCUGGCAUCUCCCCACCAUGGCUGCUCUGAGGGGCAGAGGUGGGCUCUGUUUAUGAGGGCUGUCAGACCACCCAGCCAAAUUGCUCCUCGGCACCAGAUGCAGCCUUUGGCCGCGACAGAGGCGCUAUUAGCUGGUUAGCUAACAGGUCAGCCACCCUAAUUUCAGAGACUAGCAUUGCCUUCAGACUGGUCUCGUCUCUUUUGCCUUAAUGCUGGGUGGCCCAAGAUCCCAGGGAACUCUGGUUUCACGCCCAGGAGUACCAUGUGUGGCAGCUGAGGUUUGGGCGUCCUCAGGAAGGGUCUGGCUAAAAUUGUGGUAAGAAUAGAUGCAUCAAGGAAGGCAAUGAGGAAGCGAAGCUGUGGAUGACUGGUGGGGCUGUCAUGGAGAGCGGCCUCCACGGAGAGUGGUCACAGCACCUCAGUCCAUCGUGUGACAUUUAGAAACACUCAGUCCCUGGGCAGGCCACAAGUUAGAGGUCACCUGGUCACCUGCCAGAGGUCAUCUGGCAGAUUAACAAGAAAGCUACCUGUGCCUGAGACAGUGCCAUCUGCCCGGGGAGGGUCAUGGGGGUAGGAUGCAAACCACGCUACGUUGUGUUCUUGCACAUGUCAUGAAAACAAGGCUGGAGAGAGCCCAGACUUCAGGAACUUCUGCCCAUAGCAUGUGGCACCCAUGACCCCUGUCCACUUGCUAGGGGCCCAGCGAAGCCACACUGGACGGUUGGUUUUGUUCACUCCAGCCACAGGGACAAAAGGGAUCUUUUGCAUUGCAGAGAUUUUCUACAUAUAUAUAUUUUGUUUGUAAUGAGCCAUUCUCAAUAAACAUUAUUCUCACUGCAAAAUGAUGGCA